AUCCAUGUUUACAUCCGGGAGAUGUACGCCAGCUCGAGGCUGUUGACGCACCAGGCCUCUGUCAUCUUGUGGACUGCGUCGUUUUCCCACGUCAAGGCUCGCGGCCACACCCUAACGAGAUGGCAGGCGGUGACUUAGACGGCGAUCUAUAUUUCGUCUGUUGGAAUAAAGACCUGUUACCGAGGAAACCAGAUUACCCGCCAAUGGACUAUCCGUCACUUCCUAAACUGGAGCAGACUGAGCCAAUCACUACUCGGGACAUGACGAAGUUUGUGGUGGACUACAUCCGGUCUGACCAGUUAGGCGUUAUUGACAAUGCGCACAAGGCUUUGGCGGACAUUGAGAAAGACGGCGUACAAUCUCGGAAAUGUCUUUGUCUUGCAGAACUGCACUCUCUGGCUGUAGACGCUCCCAAAACGGGGAAAUGGCCGAGUACUCAGGGUAUUAAGAUAGAAAUGUUUCCCGAUUUCAUGAUGAAGAGCGAUAAACCAAGUUAUCCCUCUGAAAAGGUUAUAGGAAAGCUCUUCCGGCGCUGUCGGAAGUUUAAAGAUGCUACGUCUGAAAAAUACGAUCAAAAACUUCGUUUGGACAAGUCCUUCCUGUUGCCAGGUAACGACGGUUUCGUUAAAAACGCCAAAGAAGACUAUCAUUGGUAUCGCGACAAGAUGGAAAGCUUGAUGCGGCUGUACGGCAUCGAAACCGAGGCAGAAAUCAUCACUGGCUGUUUCAUGAAGCUUCGAAAUCGCUUGCGCAAAGAAAAAACGGAAAUUUCCGAGCUCAUCGGCGAAGAACUGUUCGCAAUACGCUUGUACCUCCGUCGGGAAUUCUUUCGUGAAUUCGGCAGCGAUGGACAGUGGUUAAAAGAUGAUGCGCUGAUUUCUGAUGAGAUGCGUUUAAAGGCCUCGGCUUGGUACAGAGUGGCCUACACGUUUGCGGAUGAUCAUGAAAAUGAUUCAGACCCAAGCCACGAGAAGAGGCUAUUCGGUUUUCCUUGGUUUAUCAAUGACGUCAUGCUCGCCAUCAAAACACGAAAAGAUCGACCCAGUCAGCCUCAGGCCUUAGACGUUAGCGCAACCGUGGGUCAGAGCCUCGUAAGGUUGUUUAACGAAGAGAAAGACUGGUUACUUGAGGAGUUCAAAGCUCGAAUAAGUAUAAAGGACGUUAUAUGUGGCCAUCUGCAGGCCGCUGAAUCCACUUCCUCGAUGAGUAUCGUCGGCUCUACUGCCACGCUACUAUUUAACAAGACUUCAGAUCUUGAUCUGUCCUUUUUACCACAGGAUACACAGGCACGAAGCCAUCGUGCCCUCCCUGAGGUACCACCAGAAGAAAGUAACACUUCAGUUGAGGAACAAGCGGAAGUAUUGGAGUCCCUGAUUCCCAUCUUGAAAGAGGAGACGUCAAAGCAACAAGAAAAAAAAGACGAAAACGUUAAAAAUCUCUUCUGGAAAGUUCGUCUCGUCAACGAAAAGUAUUUCCCGGUCCUCUCAUGCAAGCGGCCAACAGUGAAGCUGAUAGAUAGCAGUAAUUGUUCUCCAACCCUUAGCUGUGAUUUUAGUUCAUCCCCAGACUGUCUAACAAUGGCUGCUCUGCUCUCAAGCUAUAUCAAGUCGUAUCCCCAUCUCUUAUUGGUACUCCGUGCUAUACACCGAUGGUGCUGCGUGACAAGGUUGUCACGUAACGCAGCUGGCGCUGGAAACACUUCAAACUUGCUCUCUGCCGUUCUCUUAGCUCAAUGUAUACACAACACGCAUUUUAAUGAGGAUCACGUUCUGGAAACGAUAGCGCACCAAAUGCACGGUGAAACAAGAGAUGAUAAGCAGUUCAUGGAGUUAGAAAAUGUCAUAAAAUAUCUGGAAGCUUACCAGAACGAUUCCCAAUUCCCUCAGGUAGAGCCCGACAUCACCCAAAUUGGCCAGCUUCUGAUGACUUUUUUUCAAGCACACGACUCUCUGCUUUUGUUUGAAGGAAGUCGAAGUCAAAAUGAUCACGUUUCUCUGACACCAUACGAUGGGCGUUGUCAUCAGACACACGACCAAUUGGCCCAGCAUCUCGCUUUGCUAGAAAACGUCACGAACGAUGGAAUCUACCCUUACCGCUGUUUUACAGAAAAAUUCUUUCAACAACUGCGAUUACUUGAGAGAGAUUUUGAUCCUCAGGUGCAUGGUUGUCGUGAAUUCGCUGUUCACUUUGGACGAAUCUACAUGUUCAGUGUUCCGCAUAUCUUGCUCGAAGAUAGCGAGUCCAUCACUAUUGCAAUGCUAAGAACGAAUAAACGGAAAUCAAGUGUCUUAGUCAGAAGGAACAGCAACAGUCAGGAAGAGUCAGCCCCACUAAGUGUCACUUACGUUGACCAAGAAGAAGAACGCGCUCGGAGAAGGAACAGGCAGGCAAAACGUAAUGUGACAUUUAGUGAAACCAAGAAGAAGCGGAAACGCGGAAAUCCUUCGAGAAGCUCCUUGUUCACGGUUGUUCACUCACCAGACAGAGUGGAGAAUUUUCUUCAUUAUUCCGGAUUCCGGCAAGAUGGAAAUCCCACUGAAAACUACUCAGUGGACAUU